AUGAAAGGGCGGUUAUUAAGCCUUUCUACGGACAAGCUGGAUGCGGUGUUGGCAUCAGUCGGCAAAAAAGGGUAUGCGUGCCCGUUUGUGGUUGGGGAUUGUUUUUUCGACUCUGUGGCGUAUGUGUUAGAACAUGUCUACGGCCGCCGGAUUACGGGUGCUGAGAUUCGAAAACAAGCAUCUGCGCACAUGCAGCGUGCCAUCGGCAGUUAUACUCAAGAAUUAACAGCAUUACAGGAGCAGGCAAUAAAGGCUAUGUUUACGAAACCAAUGCACAUCCUCAUCAGCCGCAAGACGCAAGACGCAGCAAGAUAUGUGGCCUUCACCAUCUCGAUGCUAGGCGAGGAUGGUGCCGCCCGACACCUGCCAAUGGUGGUUUGGCACGCUGACGGAGCUUUCUCGUGCUUGCCACAAAUGCUGGAGUGGGCGGCGGACCACAAACAACCAAUCCUGUGCUUUGGUGCACGCAAGGCAGAGUUCAACAAUGCAUCCCGGGUGCAGUCGACAAGUAAAAUGCACAUCCUCCUGAACGGGGACGUUGACAAGGAUGACGAGCUCCUAGAAGCUUGCAUGCUGGAGGACAACAACGUGCCGGCAACAACUCGCAACAACCUUGCCGACAGCACCUAUACAGGCUCUGUCAUCAUCAUCCAAGACCUCAUCGAUCGCAUUCAAGGCCUGGACGACAUCCUGUUCUACAGGUGCACCAACAACACCUGCGGGGGCACAAUCCUGAACAACACCUGCAACCUCUGCAACAAACAUCCAGAUGCACAAAUUCCCGUCUUGCAGCCUCUGACGGCUUGCCUUGUCUUGGGCAACAACAGCAAGUUGCAUCAGCUCUGGGGCAAAUUACGGCACGGGAACAACGGCAACCCGGACUUGUACCGCGCCCUGCAUGACUUUAGCGGCCUAGAACGAGUCUUGGGACGCAUGAGGCAGCCAGUCCAAGGAGCCUUCGUUGUCAACAAUGGCGACAUCCUUCGGUACGGAGUGACAACGGCUUCAUUGGCCGAUUCCAUGCUCGGAACAAACCAAGAAUCCGGCCCGACGACAAGCAAAUUGGCCACGCACACGCCUGUGGCAGCAGCAACGUCUGUCGUCACCGCCAUCGCAACCACCGCAACGACACAAAUUACUGGACGCCGCCGGCACAUCGCAACAACAGGCGGCAAGGAUGGCCCCAGCAAACAACUCUCUGGCGCCUGACUACCGUGGAUGCACUUUUGAGGGGACCAACAGGAUGCGCCGCCCUGUUUUAUCAUCACACCCGCGCGGCAAUCAAUGCAUUUGCGUCAAGGAGCGUUCAGGAGACCACAUCACAAUUAUGGAUACUGUCAUGCAUUCCGAACUUAUUGCCUGGGCUGUGUGUGGUCUGUCUGGAUAAAUAGUGAUGGCCAACAUUCAUAGAUGUGUACGUUGAUAAUAAGUUGCAAAGAGACAAUGCUCGCUUUUUGUGUGAGUUCUAAGUGCAUCCGCGUCUUGUCCAUUGUAGUGUGGCAACUCUCUCCCGGAGUUGUCAGGUCCAUGCCUGCCCCAACGGCACAUGACGUACACGAACUUCCCGUACCUCCUUUAAAGUGAAUUGUGUAAGUUAACCACGU